AUGAGUUCCUCACUUAUAUGUUCAGAUAUAUACCUGAGCAAUAACCAGAUCCGCUUCAAGCUUCCACAAGUUCUUUUAGAGUCUCUUGGGCACCACAAGAGCAUCAUCGGGCCUGACCUGCGUCAGAACCCUUGCGAUAAAACCCGCUCAGGUAUCACUUAGAAAUCAGGCUUGACAAGAACAUCGAAGUUGCUCUCAGAUAGAGUCAUUCUUUCCUAUAACAGGAACCACAUAGAGAAUAAAUUGGUGAAUUAAGAUCUACUGAAGAUCGUCGAUCUCAAAGGGUUUAAAGACUUUGUUGAACGGAAGACUAAAGUAAUUGUGAAAGAUAGUCUUGAGGAUUCCCAGCAAGAGUGGUUCUUGGAGUGUGAAGGAAAAGAUAUUUAGAACAAAAGCUUUUAGCCUAUUUAGAUCUCUCUAAGUCUCUAAAAGGGUUUAUUGGGUAUCUUGCUGGUUGGGAUUUUGAUGAUAGGGGAUCUAGUAAUUUGCAGUGAAGCCUUGGAUCUUGUGAAAUGAUGACAUUAUCUGGGA